AUGAGCAUCCUUUUGGUAAGUGGCAGGCAAUUCGGUGAUGAUGAGCGUUACUUGUACUUAGCACAACAGGUUAUUCGUUCAAAUUACAGUGUUAAAAAAAUUGUAAAAAUGUUGAUCAAAGUUAAAACAUUAACUGGUAAAGAAAUUGAAGUCGAUGUUGAACCGCAAGAUAAAAUUGAACGUAUAAAAGAACGUGUUGAAGAAAAAGAAGGUAUUCCUCCACCUCAACAACGUUUAAUUUUUUCUGGUAAACAAAUGAAUGAUGAGAAAACUGUUCAAGAUUAUGCUGUUACGGCAGGUUGUGUUUUACAUUUGGUAUUAGCAUUAAGAGUUGCUUCCUAUUACGCUGUUUUGGCUCUUAUUCCAACUGCUGAUAAACAGGUUGCUGGCAUCUAUUUAUAUCGAAAUAAUAGAUCUCGCCUACUUACCUAUCUUCCAUUAGACGAAUAUACAAGCGUGACAAAUUGUACUCGCACCAUUCGUCCUGUACCAAAAUGCUAUUUAUUCGAAUUAAGAGGAGAAGAUAAUUCAGAAAUAUUCGGAGCUUCCGACGUCAAUGAUCGUACAGUUAAGUUUAUCUGA